AUGGCUCCAUCGCCACAAUCACAACUACAUGAUGCAGUUAUUGAUAAAAAUUAUGAAAUAGUAAGGAGACAGGGGGCGAAGGUAUUUGCCGGUACAACUAAUCUUGCUGAAGCAGAGGAAUGGCUGAGAAACACGGAAAGGGUGUUGGACACGAUCGAGUGUACUUCUGAGCAAAAGUUGAGGUAUGCAGUGUCCUUAUUGGAGAAAGAUGCCUUAGAUUGGUGGGAAACAGUCCCAGGGAGCAGGAGCCGACCCGCCACUUUGACUUGGUAUGACUUUUUGAAAGAAUUUGCAGACAAAUAUACUCCACCAGUCUACAGAAACUGUAACCUGAAUCCUACAGCGGGACAAAGUGGUGCAGUUUCCUUUAGCGGUCCGCAGAGAGGUUGGUUCAGAGGCCGAGGAGUGGAUCAAACUAGCAGGUCUUCUUUAGUAUUUUCGAGUAGAGGCAGGCCUACUUCGGUUAGAUCUGGAGCAAGACCAGGUCCAGCCAGAUCGUUUAGUGGAAGAUCUAUUCCCUCUUCUGCUAAUUGCGGUAGGAGACACACUGGUGAAUGUUGGGGAGUUCAACCAAUUGUAUGUUAUCGUUGCCAUCAACCAGGACACAUUAUCCGGGACUAUCCUACAUGGAGGGAUAAUUCCAGAAGACCUCAGACUUCAGAGUUUAGCAGUGUGGGGGAAAACUCACAACGGGCAGGUACAAGUAGAGGACGAGGUAAAGGUGGUCGAGGUAGCGGGAAUCUUUCUAUGACGUCAACCGGACAAAGUAGUCAGCCUCAACCACAAGCCAGGGUGUAUGCAAUCACAAAAGAACAAGCUCUUAUGACACCCAAGGUUAUCACUGGUUCCUCUUCUAUUUGCGAUUUUAGUGCACAUGUAUUGAUUGAUCCAGGAUCUACUUGUUCAUUUAUAUCACGUGAUUUUGCAUCUCAUGUACAUGCUAAAAUAGAACCAUUUGGACAUGAUUUACAUGUGUCUAUGCCUGCUGGUGGGUUUGUAUUAGUGAAUACGAUGGUGAGAUCUUGUCCAGUAGUGGUGGAGGGUGUUACUUUAUAUGCAGAUUUGGUUGUAAUAGACCUUAGGGAAUUUGAUAUCAUUCUGGGGAUGGACUGGUUAGCUAGUAAUCAUGCUCUAGUGGAUUGUCAAACAAAAGACGUGAUGGUUGAAGUCAAUGGGCAGAUGAAGACGGUUAUAGUGGGGGAAAGAAAAGUGAUACCUAACUGCUUAAUUUCUGCUGUGACCGCUUUUAAUCUAAUUAAAGAAGGCUUAUGCUUCGAGGCAGUUGAGGCCACACGAGAUGAACUAUCUGACCCAUGA